AUGUGGAAUAGUGCUGUUGAUGGUGUUCUUGGCGCUGCUGAUGGUGCUCGAGAUGCUACUGAUGGUGUUCGUGCUGAUACUGUUGGUAUUCUGGGUGCUGUUGAUGAUAUUCGGGGUACUUCUAAUGAUGUUUGGGGUGCUGCUAAUGGUGUUCUUGCCGCUGCUGACAGUGCUCGGGUUACUACUGAUGGUAUUCGGGGUGCUGUUGAUGGCGAUCAUGGUACUGCUGAUGAUGUUCGUGGUGCUGUUGAUGUUGUUCGGGGUACUAUUAAUGAUGUUCGUGGUGCUGUUCAUGGUAUUCAGGGUGCUGUUUGUAGUGUUGCUGAUGAUGUUCGUAGUGCUGUUGAUGGUGUUCGGGGUACUAUUAAUGAUGUUCAGGGUGCUGUUGAUGGUGUUCGUGGUGUUGCUGGUGAUGUUUGUGGUGUUGUUCAUGUAGUUGGGGGUGCUGUUGACGGUGCUGUUGACGAUAUUUGUAGUGCUGUUGAUGAUGUUCAAGGUGCUGCUGAUGGUGUUCUUGGCGCUGCUGAUGGUGCUCGAGAUGCUACUGAUGGUGUUCGUGGUGCUACUGUUGGUAUUUGGGGUGCUAUUGAUGAUGUUUGGGAUGCUGUUCAUAAUAUUCGGGGUGCUGUUGAUGGUGUUCGUGGUGCUGUUGAUGGUGUUUACGCUUAA